AUGGAGGUUUUUAGUCUGAAGAAAAUGCUUCUGUGGCUGAUGACUCUGGUGAUCAUAGUAUCGAGUACUGCAGAGUGCAGAGAGCCAGUUCUCCAUAGAGUUGGAGGAGGAAAAUAUACUUGGGCACCAAACGCGAACUUCACUGCAUGGGCUAUGCAUGAAACUUUCUAUGUAGGAGAUUGGCUUUACUUCGGAUUCGACAAAACCCGCUAUAAUGUUCUGGAAGUGAACAAGAUGAACUACGACAACUGCAGUGACAGAAACUUCAUAACAAACAUUACAAGAGGUGGCCGAGAUGUGUUCAAUCUCACAGUGGCAAGGCCAUAUUACUUUCUUAGUGGCCAUGGGUACUGCUUUAAAGGAAUGAAACUUGCUGUCUAUGUUCAAUAUGCUCCUCCUGAUCCUGCACCGUUAAGUAAAAAGGCUGGCAUGCUCAACAAAAGAACAUGGAAUUGCAAACUUUCUCCUGCAACUUUGGCAACUGCAGGACAGGAACAGCUCCGGCAGAGGUUACCCCACCAUGGCUUGAAGAUGUCUCAGAUGUGUCCUCAAACUUCAUAA